AUGCUUAUUGCUUUCCGUUACUCGAUUCAAAUCAUGGGAUUCGAAACAAAAAAAAACUUUUCUUUUAUUCUUGAUCUUUGCGCGGUUACCAUUUUGGCAAGAAAGAAAAUCACGGCUAGCAUGGAAAACCUGGGACUGGGACAUUGCUCAUGUUGCAGCGUUGAUCAUCUAUCGUUUCUCGCAAAGACCGAUGAGAUGCUUUGCCGCGCUGCCUUCAGCAUUGAGAAAUUUAACCGGACCGCUGUCAAUAAGCUGGGCAAUCAUGGGAACACAAUCAUCUUUGAUUUGGCUGUGCAAAAAGAAAAGAUCAUUUUUAUUCACAAUCGCUUGUUCACGGGAAAAGGUCAGGAACCUCGAGCCAAUUCGGAAACCCGACUGACCAAGUUAUUCGAUAUGUUUAUUCUAAAGACUCCUAAAACCAGUCAAACGACAAUCUCGAAUGAAAGUCGAAGCAAUCGAGCAAACAACAAUAACUGCAACCUUGUUCAAUCCAAUCGUCAAAAGAUGCCUAAUUCGUUGACCCAGACAUGUGCUAUUCAAUCUAGCUACACUCUCCAUCCGUCGACAGUUCAGAAGACAUUCUCCCAAACUCAGAGAUCACCAAAAGAGACCAAUGCAAAGGAAAAGCUUCACUUCUGUCUACCCAGUUGUCCAUGCUCCUCUCGUCCUUGUGGGUGCAAUAACGUGUGCCGCUGUGGAGCUUCUGUUGCAGAGUCUUCUGUCACGGCUGAUUGGGCUACAUGUGUACAAACGGAUUCGCAUUUGCAUCUCAAACGCUCCUUCAAGAAGACUGACACAGAUGAAGAGACUGACACGCUUUGUGCUUCGGCCUUUAAAACUGCAGACAGUGAGACAACGACUACCGUCUUUACUCAAUUUGCCCGGAUC